CCCUAAAAUGAAUUUUAAAAGUAAGCUUGUUUCAGAGAAACAUUCAUAUGUAUAAAUUACGUUAUUGUGAUCUGUCUUUUUUUUCACUUUAACUUAUAUUGUUUAUCUAACACAACUUUGUAUUUUUCUUUAUUAAUAAACUGCUUAUUUACUUACUUUGAAACAAAGUAAGCGACUAAAUACAUAAAAUACAAAGAAUAUAUAUUUUAUUCUUUUAGUCGGUUAAUGCGAAGAAUCCGUCAUUGCGGUUUCCUCUUUUGCAAGGGUUCCGUUCUGUUGAUCGGAGAGUAAAUCAGUCUUUUUCAGAGAAAAUGCGGGAUACUUAAUCUGUCCCGCUAGCUUAGCUGUGUACUGUCCCGACAUCAGAGCUUGACUCGCACCGCCUUAUGACCCAGCACGGGAAAAGAACCAGUUGACAGCUGGAUACAGGGUGUGAGACAGAGAACACAUGCGAUGACGCUCUUACAAAAAUAGGCGUCUUUAAGCUUACUUAUCAAGAAUGGCUUCCGUCAAGGUGGCAGUGAGGGUCCGACCCUUUAAUGCUAGGGAAAGACAACUGGACAGUACCCUAGUGGUGAAUAUGUGCCAAAAUCAAGUUAUUCUGGCACCAUCUUCGGCGGAAUUAAAGGCAGCGCUUGGACCUGCAGGUCAACUCGGCGCUGGAGACAAAGGGAAACCGCACAACUUCACCUUCGACCAUGCCUACUGGUCCCACGACCCCGGGGAUCCUAAGUUCGUCGCCCAGAACAUGGUGUUCGAGGACCUAGGACAGGAUGUCGUUAAGAAUGCGUUCGGUGGCUACAAUGUAUGCGUAUUUGCGUACGGACAGACAGGAAGCGGGAAAACGUACACCAUGAUGGGUAGUGAGAAUGACAGAGGAUUGAUUCCCCGGAUUUGUGAGACGAUGUUUAACCGGAUGAGUGCGGGGAAGGAGGAGGGUACCUCCUACAGGACCGAGGUUUCCUACCUGGAGAUUUAUAACGAACGGGUCAAGGAUCUCCUGAAGAAGAACUCGACACAUAACCUCAAGGUCCGUGAGCACCCUUCUCAGGGACCAUACGUCCAGGACCUAUCCAAACAUCUAGUCGUAGAAUACAGAGAUAUUCUCAGAUUAAUGGAAGAGGGCAAUGAUCUGAGAACUACAGCAUCUACUAACAUGAACGAUACUUCCAGCAGAUCUCAUGCUAUCUUUACGAUAACAUUCGUACAAGCUGGUUACCUGGAGGGUAUGCCACACGAAACCUUGUCCAAGAUUCAUCUAGUCGAUCUGGCAGGAUCAGAGAGAGCAAAUGCAACCGGAGCUACUGGACAGAGGUUAAAGGAAGGAGCUCAUAUAAAUAAAUCUUUAGUAACUCUAGGAUCUGUGAUAUCUGCUUUAGCAGAGGCAAGUUCAAAAACUAGUUCCAGUAAACCACACUUUAUCCCUUACAGAGACUCUGUAUUAACCUGGCUCCUAAAGGACAGUUUGGGAGGAAAUUCUAAAACUAUAAUGAUUGCAACAAUAUCUCCUGCAGAUGUAAACCAUAAUGAAACCCUCUCAACACUACGCUAUGCAAAUAGAGCAAAGAAUAUAAUCAAUAAACCUACGGUGAACGAGGACGCGAACGUUAAACUUAUCCGUGAGCUCCGCGAGGAAAUAGAUCGACUCAAAGCUGUUAUGUCCGGGGAUCCCUUGAUACUGGAGAAGGUUCAGGAACAGUUGGCUCAGAAGGAAGCUAAGGAACAGAAGCUGACCGCAGAGUGGAAUGAGAAAUGGCGUGAAGCCGCCAAGAUACUCCAGGAGCACAAUGCUCUGGGAUUGAAGAGAACAGGACUAGGAGUUGUCCUGGACAGUGAUAAACCUCAUCUGAUAGGACUAGAUGAGGAUAUUCUCUCUACUGGAAUAACCUUGUAUCAGCUCAGGGACGGAGAUACUAUUAUAGGAAAUGCUGAAGCGGAUGAAAUACCUCACAUUCUACUGAAAGGACCCAGUAUUCUCCCCCAGCACUGUACCAUCAGCCUCGAGUCUGGAGUAGCAACCCUGUAUCCUGCUCCAGGUUCUCUCUGUAUAGUAAAUGCGUCCCCAGUAGAUGUACCGGUCAGACUAUCACAGGGAUGUGUCAUCGUUCUAGGAAAAACAAAUAUGUUUCGAUAUAAUGAUCCCUUGGAAGCUGCAGACAUGAGGAAGACAAUGACUGAAAACUCUAGAAAGAUUUCCCUGAUGAAUCAGAGCUUGAUGAGCCAAUCCUUAUCCGACCUGAGGUUCCCUCCAGGUUCUAGAAACUCAGGAGAAUGGAGGAUGUUCUCCUCGGACUCCGAUAUCAAAGAUAUUGCUGAGGCGGAUGUCGAGGUCGCUGAGAAUAUCCUUACUGGAAUAGAGGCCGGGGACCUCAUCAGGGAGGGUUCUAAGGAAAGCAUUAAUACCUUAAAGAAUCCGAGUGGUUCAAAUACAGCUCAAGGUACCCCUCGGAGUAGAGCGGGGGAUUUAACACAGGAUGAAUCUAGUUUAGACGUGAGCUCCAGGUUGGAGUGUUCCGAGGAUUCUGGUUCUAGGAGCGGAAUUAUUGAUGAGAAUGCGAAUCCUACUCUGAGUAGUACUCCACUACGACGGGGUCGGGAUAAGACAAGUACUCCUCUGGGUACUCCAGCUGUUGGAGGAAAAUCUAGAUAUCCAGACGAGUUGUUUAGUCAUAGUGUGGAUGAGAGUGGUUACUCUCCAUCCAUAGCUCCGGAGUAUAUUAAUCCUGGUUCCAAGUCUGGAAUCUCGGGGUCUGCAUCUUCUAUGCAAACCAGUAACAGUAGUGCCAAUACCCUGGGUAGUGAUAGCGGAGCAUUGAUGCAGUGCAGUGGGUUUACCCAGAGCAGUGCUCAGAGUGAGGUUGGAGAGUCUAGUGUAGCACUAGGAAACCUAUACCAGGAGAUCUGUGACCAGAAGGAGGUGAUCAUGGCUUGUUUAGAGGAGGAUCAGUGUGAUAUUGAACAGUUAAAUUCUGAGAUAGCAAAGUUACAAUCUAUGCAACAUAAUUAUUCAAUGAUGGAGUUUGAAUCUACAAAAUCAUUCUUACUCUCACAGAGUGGAGAGGAUCUAAGCUUCCUGCAGGAUCGGUUCUCUCAGAUGAUAGAUGCAGAGGUGGAUAGAAGACUCCAGGCAGAGGCAGAGCUCAGAGCUGAGAAGGAGAGACAGGAUAGAGAACUGAUACUAUUAGAGAAAGAACAGGAGCUUGAACGGUUGAGGGUUGCUCAUGAGAGAGAAAUGUACCUGAUUAAGAAGAAAUUAAGCAACUCUAUACCUUCUCCUCGUCCUUCUAUUAACAGGGAUUGUCGAAUUCAGAUAAAUAUCCACAGGUUCUACACUAACGGGGUUGGGAAGAACAGCUACGUCAUCUACGAGGUAGAUAUUAGCCUGGUUGAAAGUGAAUCCAAGUUCCAAGUAUCCCGUCGCUAUCGACAGUUUAGAGAUCUACAUACUUUAAUGUGCAGCAGAUACGGGUCUGCAGUUCAGUUUCUACAGUUCCCGUCCAGGAAACUAUUCGGUUCUAAAACUGAGGCGGUUUCUAGUGAACGACAGAGGGAUCUACAAACCUACCUAAACCGACUAGUAUCCGUGUGCUGUAAACUACCUGGGUCUCCUCUUUACACUGCUCAGACUAGAGAAGCUUUAGAAACAUUCUCAGCAUUCUUCCAGCAGGAGACGGAGGAUACAGAACCCACAGCUUUACUCCGGACUCUUUAAAUAUCAAAGAUGAAUCCUAGUUCUGAGAAGUAAUAAUUCAUUGCUCCAUAGUACAUUCUGGACUCUGAAGGGGUUAGAACUGAUAGUUAGAUAAUCAAACCUUGAUCUAGAUUUCAAAUUCUGAACUCUUUAUGUUCAAUCAAUCAAUCAUUCAUUCAUUUAUUUAUUUAUUAUAUACGAGCUUAAUUAGUGCGAUUUAGUAUCUAGUUAUUCAAAUGUUGGUGUUAUUAUCAUGAUUAACUACCAACCAGUUUUUUCGAUUUAUCUAGAUUACCCGUAUUAAAGUGUUAAUCCACAUAGUUUUCCUCAUGCGUUAGCCAUUGUUAUUUUAUGAAAUUGCUCCAACUGCAAAACAUUUUGGCAAAUUCUAUGCAAAUUCCUGAUUGAUCUGAUGUUGUGCUUUCAUGAAACUUUAUAAACCCAAAAUUAUCCUCGCAUUUAUAUUUUCUAAAAUCAGAUGAACUCCAUGUUUUUAGUUUAUAUUUUUUCGUUCUACUGUUGCUUAAUUAAUCAAUUCUCUUCUCUGUAUGGUUGUAUAUUUUGCAGACUUUUUAGUUUCUCCAUUUUAAGAAAACCUUCAAACAAACUUUUUAAUUAGAGUGAUCAGUUCCAACCUUGCCUUAUCCUUGAUACAAACUCCAUUUAAAUAUUAAAUUUUUUGUGUUGUGAAGUUAUUUUAUAACCUGAAUAUUGAACAUAAGAUAUUUAUUUUGAACAAAAAACACGACCCUUGUGAUUAAACUUUACAUUAUCUAUACAGAUCUAUAUUCUUAUUAAA